AUGUUGUUCGUCCUCUAUUGGCUGAACAGAUUCAUCUUUCCCAACCGUUCCUCUGCAGUUCUGCUUGAGUACAGACAUCUAGCAGAGGCUCUGGACAAUCACACGGACGUGGGGCUUGGGCCUACGGUUCUGGCUCAUUUAUACAAGAACCUGCAUACUGCCACUUUGGAGAAUCCGCUGGAUUAUCCGCCCCUGGCGCAUUUUGGAUGA